UUUAAAUGAGACCAGAUGGAGGCAGAGGCAAAUUCAGGCUCCCUAGAGGACAGUUGGGCAUUCAUCCAGAGGCCUGGUGAAGGCUGCCGAACUGUCCCCCUGGCUGGACAUGUGGGGUUUGACAGCUUGCCCGACCAGCUGGUGAAUAAGUCAGUCAGCCAGGGUUUCUGCUUCAACAUCCUGUGCGUGGGAGAGACAGGGUUGGGCAAGUCGACCCUCAUGGACACCCUGUUCAACACCAAGUUUGAGGGGGAGCCAGCCACCCACACGCAGCCGGGUGUCCAGCUCCGGUCCAACACCUAUGACCUCCAAGAGAGCAACGUGGGGCUCAAGCUCACAAUUGUGAGCACAGUGGGCUUUGGGGACCAGAUCAACAAGGAAGACAGCUACAAGCCUAUCGUGGAAUUCAUCGACGCCCAGUUCGAGGCCUACCUGCAGGAAGAGCUGAAGAUCCGCAGGGUCCUGCACGCCUACCAUGACUCCCGAAUCCACGCCUGCUUGUACUUCAUCGCCCCCACGGGUCAUUCCCUGAAGUCUCUGGACCUCGUGACGAUGAAGAAGCUGGACAGUAAGGUGAACAUCAUCCCCAUCAUUGCCAAAUCAGAUGCCAUUUCUAAGAGUGAGCUAACGAAGUUCAAAAUCAAAAUCACCAGUGAACUUGUCAGCAACGGGGUUCAGAUCUACCAGUUCCCGACAGAUGACGAGUCUGUGGCAGAGAUCAAUGGAACCAUGAACGCGCACCUGCCGUUUGCUGUCAUCGGCAGCACAGAAGAACUCAAGAUAGGCAACAAGAUGAUGAAGGCACGGCAGUAUCCUUGGGGCACGGUGCAAGUUGAGAACGAGGCCCACUGCGACUUUGUGAAGCUGCGGGAGAUGCUGAUUCGGGUGAACAUGGAGGACCUCCGGGAGCAGACCCACAGCCGGCACUACGAGCUGUACCGCCGCUGCAAGCUGGAGGAGAUGGGCUUCCAGGACACCGACCCCGACAGCAAGCCCUUCAGCUUACAGGAGACGUAUGAGGCCAAAAGGAACGAGUUCCUAGGGGAGCUCCAGAAGAAAGAGGAAGAGAUGAGACAGAUGUUCGUCCAGAGAGUCAAAGAGAAGGAAGCUGAACUUAAAGAGGCGGAGAAAGAGCUGCAUGAGAAGUUUGACCGCCUGAAGAAGCUACACCAGGACGAGAAGAAGAAACUGGAGGAUAAGAAGAAAUCUCUGGACGAUGAAGUGAAUGCCUUCAAACAGAGAAAGACGGCGGCUGAGCUGCUCCAGUCGCAGGGCUCCCAGGCCGGAGGCUCCCAGACGCUGAAAAGGGACAAAGAGAAGAAAAAUAAUCCAUGGCUGUGUACUGAAUAGUAUCCCCUGCUACAGCUGGACUGGACUCCAUUUAGCCUUUUAAAGCCAAGGCUCCUAUUUUAACUGACAGCUUUCCUUUGGGGUGCCAGGCAGCAUCCCCCACCCCUGCCGUGUACUUCACUUUGAGCCCCAUUUCUUCUUUUGAGUUCUGCCUCCGAGUCCACUGGCACUGAUCAUGACCUUCUUUUGUAUAUCUUUUUUUUUUUUUUUUGAGGUUUUUUUUUUUUUUUUUCCUUAUCGCCUUUUUUUUCCUUCUUCAAAAACACACAGUUAAACCAGGCUAUGCCAAAUUUUCCGGGCUUUUUGCAGUGUUGAGAAUGGGGAGGGGGUUUCCUCUCUUCCAUGGUAGGAAGCGAAAAGUAGAAAAAACAAAAACACACACACACACACACACACACUUUACAUUUUCUUGCUGGCAGAACAAGCGCGCAGUUUUGCUGUGUAUUGUUUGGUGAGUCACUGAUUGGUUAGUGACCAGAGGCGAGUAUGAAAUAUAAGCUAGUUUCUUGAGAAACUAGAAAGGGCCUUUAGAAAGUCUCGUCGUGGAGCAUGUUUGGAGACCCCGUGCUUGGAGGUUCAAAACAGUAUAAAACACACAAAAACGUGGAUACUCAGCCAGUAGCUCAGAGAGAUGCUACGUUAAAGCUGUCAAGUCUCCUUGGGAAAGGCAUCUUAUUUGCAGCUUUGAUGUCUCCGUGUCCGGUUUUACGGCUAUUUCCCCGAGAACCUCAAACUUAACCAGUGGACCCCCAUUAUUCUGGGUUAUUAUUUGCAUUACAAGUAGGAGGCCCCCUCAUUUACAUUUGUUUACGGAUUAACUACCUGAGACCUGAGGAGUUCCGAAAACUUCAAAAGUAGUAGCCCACCCAGCCUUUGGGAGGACUUCAGGGACUAGGCAGAAAUUUCGCCUCGAGGGAGAAAUUUCGGUCCAUUAAACAGAUAAUGACCCGCUUCGCCCGCCCCUCCCCGGUAAGGGCAAUUGAGGCCCAGAGAGGUCCAGGGACUUGCCAGAUGUCCCAGUUGUGUUUCACAGCAGAAGCCAGGCGACAUUCAGUGUGUCCUGACUCCCGAUCCGUUUCACAACCGGAUUCAACCUGUUCCUAUAUGUUCCUGGAGACCCAGGUCUUUUGAUGUUCGGAGAAAAUGAAUAGUUAGCAUUACAGGGCCUUUGAAGGGUUUUUUCCCCCCCAGAGAAAAAUAUCUGAGGAUGGAGUGGGUAGGGGCGGGCAAAGCAGCGGACCAGGCCAGCUCCUGAACUGAGUGUUUCUGCUGACGGUGCCUGUUGGCUGGUCGGCUUUCCUGGAAGUCUGGAGUGGGGCCCAGGCCUGCGAAUGUUUACCAGGUGCCCUAGAUGAUCCUCGUAAUCAAGGAAGUUUGAUAAACAAAAAAUCUAACCUGGGAGUGAACAUGAGGCCUUUAGAAAGCCGAUUAAAAGGGUUAAAAUAGUUAUUUUAUUGGGUAGCUUUUCUCACUGUAGACAGAAAGGGGUUUCUUUUUUCCUUCUGCAGUGAAAAGGCUAUUAAAUUAGUACAAUGGUUAUUGUUUUUCUUAAGUACCUAAAUACUCCGUUAACUUCAGGUGAAACAAAACCAGUCAUUAGGAAUGGUCCGAGCUUUCCUGGAAAAUCCCCACAUGUGAUCACGAUCACGAUCACACAAACACACACGCGCACACACACACACACCUUCAUUUCUCUUAAGCCGAGAAGUUUGCUUUUCCUACCUGAGGUGCAGAUCACUUUUGGUUUUGGUUUUGGUUUUAAUCAUUUGGCAUUCACAUGUGGCUGUUUUUAAUUAAAACAAGAAGCUUUAAACUGGUGUGUGGUGUUCUUAAAAACCUUCUCGGCAGAUUUCCCAGUGUUUGCCGUCUAUCAGUGUCCCCAUCUCUAACCUGUCUUCUCCAAGUAUAAUCUCUGCUACCUCGCACUGCCCACUCCCCUUGCCUUGUCUUACUUUGGAUGCCCUUUUUCUUCGGCUAAUUUCGUGUUUUCUUUCUCUUUUCUCUCUCCCU